CGAAGAUCCCUGACAGGCAACCACGAUACCUGCCAGUGCCCUGCAUCGCUUGGCCCUGCGCCGUGACUGGUUCCUUUGCUCCGAACAUGGAGCUCUGGCUCAGGAACAAGGGUCAAGGUAAAACAUCUGCUCGCUUUCAGAGAACCUGCAGUGGCUAGCGUGAUGUGGUCAUUCUGACAUGCUCUCCGGGCUCGGGUUAUAUUUCCCUGCGCCCUUCGCCCUUUCCCCUCUCGCUCAAUUCCUCGUUUUUACGAUUUUGUCCCUUUUCCACCUCGUAUUCCUCCUCACACUUUCCACCAUGUUGCGCCGGCUUCUCUCCAUCGCAUCGGCGCUCUCUCUGGCCCGCCUUGUCGCUGCCUCGGACCCGUUCGAUCACGAUGACUCGUCGAUAGCCUCACUCUCCGCCAUCGAGCCCUACACCCUCAAUCUCUCCUGCGCAGAAUGCGCCUUUUCCUACAGUGAAUGCUCCGAAAAUGUCCACCCCAACUCAUACCUCUCAAUCACCUUCUCCACAAACAAUGAUACCCUCCUUGCAAACGACGACAUCAUCUUCCCAGCCUCCAUACCCAUGAAAUUCUUCGCCCAGCGCCACUGGGACUCUGACAGCACCGAGAACGUCCCCGUAGCAUACGCCCUCGAGAUGCAGCCCCUCCCGCACCAGCCCGAUGCCGAUCUGGGCGACCUCUAUCACCUGAAGCUUAGCCUCGUCGACCUGCAGGGUCGCCCGGCGACUGAGCGCGCCGUAUCCCUCGGCAUGAUUCGCUCGACAGAUGGGACGGUCAGGCUCGUUCACGUCGAGGAGUCGACGCACCGUCUGUACCACCACGAGCUGCCGGGGGUGGACAGGGAGACCAGCAAGGACAGCUGGUGGCGCGUGAAGACGUGGAAGUCGUACUAUAUCACGUAUCUCCAGGAUCACUCGCGGUCGAAAUCUUGCGAUUCGGCUAUCGUUGAGGGCGCUGGUAAGAACACGGACGUCCGCGUCGUCUCGCAUUGCCGCGAGCACCAGAGUCUCGCGGACUGGUCGCAUGACCGCCACUAUAUGAAGCACGUCCGACCGGUUCUUCUCCCUGCACUGCUCGGUCUCAUCGCAGGGAUCGUUGCGUGUGUGACUGGAUUCGUCGUGGGAAAGCUCGUCGUCGCGGUUUACCUCUUUGCCUGUGGAGAGACGUCCCCGGUUUCUGACAUCGAGAGCCUUGCAACGAAUUCGCUGCCCUCUGAGAAGGCGAGACUGAUGGAGGCGUAUCAUGAUCGGGAUUCGAAUAAUUCCCCAUAUUCUUCAUGACGAUAUUCCAAUGUACGGCCGUAGCCUUUUUGAAGAAUAAACUUGUUUAGAACAUCUUGCUCGCCUCUCACAUUCUAGCACUCUAGUAGCUGUAAUAUGUGCCAGCUAGAAAGUUACAAUGGAGGGAACUCGGAAUCCGUCUGGUAAGCAUCGGGCCUAUGCCUACCUUGAGCCUCUUUCAGUGUCGGUGGUCCACCGCUCGGGACGACGGGGUGCAGCAGCGAGCCCCUGAACACAUCCAUCGGCCAAGGCUCUAUAUCGGUUUGACUUGCGGCGGGCCGGCGGAGAUGGCUAUUGUGUGUUCGACGAGGGAUGAGGGAUACCCGCUGAGCGAUUAGCACUUGAUACCCUAAGGCGCUUGAAUUGGAGCUCCGAGUUUUCUGGUAGGCUGGGCUGACAAUAUAUUGCCUGGUUACUUGUAGGCCACUUCGAUUAAUUCCUGGUCCACAGCAAUCAGAACUCGGCACUUGGGCACGAAUCACUUCGCGACGGAAAUCCGGCUUUAAUUGGACACCUCCAUCCUCUGUUUGAUGGCAGUCACAUCUUGAUCAAGCUUAAUUCGCGAGUAAUGACUCCGACAACCUAUGGUCACGCCUUUGCUGUGGCCGUCCGUCUCCGUCCUCGAAUCGGUAUUGUAUGUAGGAAGGCUCCUACGAAGCUUCCGCCCAACACUGUCAUGUCUGGUUGUGUGUUCCCUGCUCUCGCUCUCACCGGCGUCAGGCGGCAGACUCAGUCCCCUCUGCACGAUUAUCACUACGGGCGCCACCAACAGCUUCAGCCCUCUGCAACCCCCACUCUCCCUCCCCGAUCCUCUUCCCAUACGCCUUGACAAGCAAUCCCACAGUCACCGGUCCAAUGAUCGUAUUCAGAAGAAUCGCCCACACGCCCGUGAUGAAACCAUCUUCCGUAACAUAUGACGUCUCAUUGUACCCAAUCUGGAUAAUUAAAAGGCCGAUUUCGCCGCGCGCGACCAUUGCCGAGCCCAGGAGGAGGGCGGAGAGCCAGGUUGUGCUCCUUGGUUUCGACGAGAGGUUUGGUGGCCUGGGGCGUUGUUUUUCUUGGGACACUGAAGGACCAGUGUUGUUGUGUGUGCUGGUGGGUUCGGAAUUGUUGGAUUCUUCGUCUUGUGGUUUCUUGGCUCUCUUGUUGCUGGAAGAUGACGCCUGGUUUCGAUUGUUAAACUUGGUGGGGAAUAGGACUUGCCAGAUGGGGAUCCAGAUUCCAACGACGAACUGGGUAUCAUUGUGAGCUCACUGAAUAGCUAUCACCUCUCUGGCGCUGAGG